GAGACGCCGCCGCCGCCGCUGCCGCUGCCGCCGCCGCCGCCGCGGCUGCCGCAGCCUCUGGGAACCUGGAAAAGGGGAAGCGCGAGCGAGCGAACGGCUCAGUCCCCGGGCGGCGGCGGCAGCGGCGGUGGCGGCGGCCGGGGCGGGGGCGCUGCUGCUGCUGCUGCGGGGAGCCGGCGGCGGGGGCGGCGGGGGCGGCGGCGGCGGCGGCGGCGGUGACGGCCCGCACCAGCCAUGCCGAAUAAAAACAAGAAGGAGAAAGAAUUACCAAAAGCAGGAAAAAGUGGGAAAAGUUCAAAAGAAGGACAAGACGUGAUAGAACCAGAGAUCACCAGCAGGAAGAACAGCCUCACUGCGGUGCCACCGGCGGUGUCUAGCAAAAUAAAAGUGUCGGCCCCUCAGCCCGUCGUGAAGAAAGACAGACGGCAGAACUCCUCCAGAUUUAGCGUCAGCAACAAUAGGGAACUUCAGAAACUACCAUCUUUAAAAGAUGUCCCUCCUGCUGAUCAAGAGAAGCUCUUCAUCCAGAAGUUGCGUCAGUGUUGUGUCCUCUUUGACUUUGUUUCCGAUCCACUGAGCGACCUGAAGUGGAAGGAAGUAAAACGAGCCGCGUUAAGUGAGAUGGUGGAGUACAUCACCCAUAAUCGGAACGUGAUCACAGAGCCCAUCUACCCAGAAGUGGUCCACAUGUUUGCAGUUAACAUGUUUCGAACAUUACCACCUUCCUCCAAUCCCACGGGAGCAGAAUUUGACCCAGAGGAAGACGAACCGACGUUAGAAGCAGCCUGGCCUCACCUACAGCUUGUUUAUGAAUUUUUCUUAAGAUUUUUAGAGUCUCCAGAUUUCCAACCUAAUAUAGCGAAGAAAUAUAUUGAUCAGAAGUUUGUACUACAGCUUUUAGAGCUCUUUGACAGUGAAGAUCCUCGAGAGAGAGAUUUUCUUAAAACUACCCUUCACAGAAUCUACGGGAAAUUCUUAGGCUUAAGAGCUUACAUCAGAAAACAGAUAAAUAAUAUAUUUUAUAGGUUUAUUUAUGAAACAGAGCAUCACAAUGGCAUAGCAGAGCUACUGGAAAUACUGGGAAGUAUAAUUAAUGGAUUUGCCUUACCCCUGAAAGAAGAGCACAAGAUUUUCUUAUUGAAGGUGUUACUGCCUUUGCACAAAGUGAAGUCCCUGAGCGUCUACCACCCCCAGCUGGCAUACUGCGUCGUGCAGUUUCUGGAGAAGGACAGCACCCUCACGGAACCGGUGGUAAUGGCACUUCUCAAAUACUGGCCAAAGACUCAUAGUCCAAAAGAAGUAAUGUUCUUAAACGAAUUAGAAGAGAUCUUAGACGUGAUUGAACCAUCGGAAUUCGUCAAGAUCAUGGAGCCGCUCUUCCGGCAGUUGGCCAAAUGUGUCUCCAGCCCGCACUUCCAGGUGGCGGAGCGAGCGCUGUAUUACUGGAACAAUGAGUACAUCAUGAGCCUCAUCAGCGACAACGCCGCCAAGAUCCUGCCCAUCAUGUUCCCGUCCUUGUACCGCAACUCAAAGACCCACUGGAACAAGACAAUACAUGGCCUGAUAUACAACGCCCUGAAGCUCUUCAUGGAGAUGAACCAGAAGCUGUUCGAUGACUGCACUCAGCAGUUUAAGGCAGAGAAGCUGAAAGAGAAGCUAAAAAUGAAAGAACGAGAAGAAGCGUGGGUUAAAAUAGAAAAUCUAGCCAAAGCAAACCCCCAGUACACAGUGUAUAGUCAAGAGAGCACCGUGAGCAUCCCGGUGGCAAUGGAGACAGAUGGGCCCUUAUUUGAAGAUGUGCAGAUGCUGAGAAAGACAGUGAACGAAGAGGCUCGCCAGGCACAGAAGGACCUGAAGAAGGAGCGGGCCCCGGCGCGCCGCAAGCCCGAGCUGCCUCAGGACCUCCACACCAAGAGCGCCUUGGAGGCUCACUGCAGAGCCGACGAGCGGCUGUCCCAGGACGGCCGCUAGCCACCCGCCGCCACCGGCGCGGCCCUGGAUGCUGUAGAAAACGCGUACUUUCGUGCCAUACCGAUCAGUUACACUCAGAGUCAGAGCUUUCUUCACCCACCCCGCCCCCCGUCCUGCAGGCAAUAACGCACUUUGCCCCAGCUCGAGAUAGGAGUUCAAACAAUGGUGACUCGGACCCAGGCGGAGCCGGCCGCGGAGGCCGGCCGUGGCGCCAGACGUGGCAGCGGCCCGGAGUCAGAGCGAAGGCAAGCACCCUGGUCGUCACCCUCGCGUCCUCCCCAAAUGGGAUUGGUGACCCUAGGAAAUAGGGGGUCCUGUGAGAAUAUCCAUGUUUCUCAAAUCAAAGGAACACUUUUAAAAAGUAUUUCAUAUUUUUAAGAUUCUACAGCCUUUGAAAUUGUUUCCAUGUCAUUGUUUACACCAGCAGUUUCUUCGUUCUCUCAUUUUUUUUCACUUUCACUGAGCUGGUCUUCGCUGUCAUGGCUCUAGCGCGGAGAACGAUGGGACGGCCCGCCCUGGGAGCAGGGCCCCGAGGCCGCUUUUGCUUUGGGGAGCAACAGGGCACCGUGUCCACCUCCUCCAUGUGUUUCUAAAGCCGCACCUGCCCCUCCGUGUCCAUGCCAGGACCCCGGGGGGGCGCUCGCGGGAGAGAGUUCUUUGACAGAGAGCCUUCCCUGUCUCCCUGGGCUAGAAUUGGAAUUUUUAAAACAAUGUGUUCAUCUUGGGGUUUGCAGAAUUUUUUUUUCCUGUACUUACACAUUGUUGCCCUUUAACAAGGCUCUUGAAUUAAUAAAAUUAGAGUCUCUAAGAAUUCCACACCUAGUGGAAAGCUAGAAUGAGAACAUCCUGAGAAGCCGGCUCUUGUCCAAGUGCAAACUGCAGCUGCCUUUGGGCAAAAGGAACGAAAACAUCAUCGUGCGUGCCGGGUGCUGGCGUGACCCCUGGCGGCUGCAGCGUGGCUCUGAGAGCCUCGAGGAAGUAACAGCGAGGGUGACUUCAGAUGGGCCCUUAUGUUGGCGCGAGCACACAUCACACACACCUCGAAAGGAAAGUACAGUGUCUGACUUUUCAUCAAAUGCUGCUAUCCGUUUCACAGACUUCCUUGCAUGUACUGAGCUUUCGUUUUCGAUGGAAUAGCACGAGGAAAUAUUCUUUAAACUUAGUGCUUUGUCUGUUCUUUAUUUCUCUCAGGGUGGCCAGUAUUUUGACUUUUUAUCCUGCUUGAAAGCUAUUUGAAAUGCGUACUGCUAUUCUAAACAAGUGAUUCUAGUUUCUUUUGUCUGCGGCAUAAGAUUAUAUAACUUAAUGUUAAAUGUCGAUGCAUAAAAGGUAAAAUGUGGCUUCUUUUAGGAUCUGUCUUCUAAUUGAGGUCUUGGUAUCCACUCACACGUCGUAAAGGCAGAUGUCGUUGCUGCCCCUGAAACCCACAGACAACGUGCACGUCCUGUGUCUCGGAGGAAGCUCUUUCGGGGGGAGGGACCCCUUGUGUGCGGCGCUCGUGCCGACUCAGAGCGCCCGGCGGAGGUGGCGAGGCCGCCUUGGGGGCAGACACACUUCCUGAGAAACUUGACAAGUAUCUGUCCAUUGUACCAUUAUGAAAUUUACAAUUAAAAAAAAAAGUUUAGAUGCCUUCUCCUUUUGAGGGAAAAAGGGUGCUUUUUAUUGUAUAAAGCAGUGUCUUACGUAUUUUGAUAUACCAUUGUUUGAACUUCCGUCUUUGGCUGACAGAUGCUCAGAUAUCCUUGAUUUUGAUGUUCAAUAUAUUUGUGCGAGAGCUUUCUGGAAGACUCUUCUGACCUAGGAUAAAAGCAAAAUAUCACUGUUUGGGUGAUUGUAUAAAGCUCAAGGUAUAAGAACAUCUUUUGUCUAGGUUUUAUUUCUGCUCUUUAUUGAAGACAAACAUUCACCAAAAAGGGGGAAAAAAGGUUUUGAGAGAAACUAAUUUUCUUUGACAAGAGUAUUAUUUAAUAUUUUGGCCUAUUAAAGUUUUCCUAGUUAGUAUUCAGAUUCCCUGUGCUAAUUGUUCAACUUAUAUAUUAUUAUAUAGAUACAUUGUUUAUUCUGUACCAAACUGAUUUCAAAAGUACUACAUUGAAAAUAAACUGGUGACUGUUUUUCUUCAUAAA